AUGUUACACACAAAACAAGACCAACCAGAGGCAGACACUUAUUGGUUGGAAAGAAGAAACUUCUUGAGUGAGUGAGUGCUUUUUCUAUAGCCUGUGAAAUUCCAAUGGCUUCAGUUGGUACAGUCAAAUUCUUGUUAUGCUUAAUUCUAUGGCUAUGGAACUGCAACUUUCUACCUCAUUGUCAAGGUAAACAAGAGUACCCUUUUAUUAAAAAAGCAAGUACAUUUUCAUCACCAUCAAUUUCAACUACAUCAAUAAACAAGGCUUAUGAUUACAUAAUAGUGGGAGGUGGAACUGCAGGGUGUCCUUUAGCUGCAACAUUAUCUCAAAACUUUAGUGUAUUAGUACUUGAAAGAGGUGGUGUUCCUUUCACUAAUCCAAAUGUAACAUUUCUUGAGAACUUCCAUAUUACCUUGGCAGACCUUUCACCAACUUCAGCUUCUCAAUAUUUUGUUUCAACUGAUGGAGUUUUCAAUGCAAGGGGAAGAGUUUUAGGUGGUGGUAGCUCUAUCAAUGCUGGUUUCUAUACUAGAGCUAGCUCAAGGUUUAUAAACAAGGCAGGGUGGGAUGUGAAGCUAGUAAAUGAGUCAUACCCUUGGGUUGAGAAGCAAAUUGUUCAUCGUCCAAAGUUUUCACCAUUUCAAAGAGCAGUUAGGGACAGCCUUAUAGACAAUGGAGUCUCUCCUUUUAAUGGUUUCACCUAUGAUCAUAUAUAUGGAACAAAAGUCGGCGGAACCAUUUUCGACAGAUUUGGUCGCCGACACACAGCUGCCGAACUUCUUGCUUCUGGAAACCCUGACAAACUUACUGUUUUGGUUCAUGCUACUGUCCAAAAGAUUGUUUUUGAUACAACAGGUAAGAGACCAAAAGCAAUAGGGGUUAUUUUCAAUGAUGAAAAUGGGAAACAACAUGAGGCAAGGUUGGGAAAUGAUAUGCAAAGUGAAGUGAUAUUGUCUAGUGGGGCAAUUGGGUCUCCUCAAAUGCUAUUGCUAAGUGGAAUUGGUCCUAAAGAUGAACUUCAGAACUUGAACAUCUCAGUGGUCCUUAACAAUCCUUUUGUUGGGAAGGGAAUGAUAGAUAAUCCUAUGAACACAGUUUUUGUUCCUUCUAAUAGGCCAGUUCAUCAGUCACUCAUACAAACUGUAGGUAUCACCAAGAAAGGUAUAUAUAUUGAGGCUAGUAGUGGAUUUAGUCAGUCCAACAGCAGCAUUCACUGCCAUCAUGGUAUCAUGUCACCUGAGAUCGGACAACUUCACACAAUUCCUCCCAAGCAAAGAUCAAUAGAAGCUAUUGAAGCUUACAAGAAGAAUAAGCGAGACAUACCUGUUGAAGCAUUCAAGGGAGGCUUUGUCUUGUCCAAAGUUGGCAGUGCUUGGUCAGUAGGUGAGCUCAAGUUGGUCAACACCAAUGUGAAUGAAAAUCCUGCUGUUACCUUCAACUACUUCAGUCAUCCAUACGAUUUAAAGCGCUGCGUCGAAGGGAUCAGCAUGGCCAUUAAAGUAGUCCAGUCAGAACACUUCACAAACUACACAUUAUGUAAAAGAGAAACCGCAGAGAGACUUCUUAACCUUAGUGUGAAGACUACUGUCAACUUCAUACCAAAACAUGCCAAUGACACAUCUUCCCUAGAGCAGUUCUGCAAAGACACUGUCAUCACAAUUUGGCAUUACCAUGGUGGAUGUCAUGUGGGAAAGGUAGUUAGCCCUGAUUAUAAGGUUCUUGACGUUGACAGACUCCGAGUCGUCGAUGGUUCAACGUUUACUGAAUCACCAGGAACAAAUCCUCAAGCCACUGUGAUGAUGAUGGGAAGGUACAUGGGAGUGAAGAUUUUGAGAGGUAGGUUGGGAAGAUUGGCUGGUAUAUAAGGAGGAUUUUGCUGUGUGAAGAUCACUUCAAGUAUUGAAAAAACCAACAAAAGUAUGUAAUAUGAAGAUAAAAGAAGCUGUUGCAUAUCAAAAAGAAAAGAAAAAACAAUUGGCUGUAGAAUUGGAAAUGAAUUUAGUUUAUUCUUGGUGUAAUUUCUAGAAUACAGUGAUUAUUAGUAAUCAACAAAGUCUUAGCUUUUUGAGUAUAGUGGCUUAUUUUAACCUCUA